GUUGGCGGUUGCUAAGCAACUUCCUGUCCCAUCGCUCUUUAUUUGCCGGUUUCCUCUUCUUUUCCGUGGGUGACGAGGUUGUUUGUGGCUGUUUGCUUUAGGACCAUGUCUUCCCUUCAGAAAAGGCUCUUGAAUAUGAUUCGAUGUUUCCGAAGGGAAUGGCGUUUAUAUUCAGAUUCAGAGAGGAUCACAAUAUGUGGUGCAGACUGCAUGCUGAUGGUUUUGCAGCUAGCUGUUGCUGAGGUGAAUAAAAAGCACCAUGGAGAUUUUAAUGCAUCGCUUAGUGAAGUGGUGUUAUCUUGGAAUUACUUGCUACCUGACAAGCUUAGAAUAUUACACAAAAAUGAGGAAGCUCCUGAAAACUAUGCUGAGAUCAGUAGUGUUUAUACUAGCUUUUUAAAGCGCUGCAAUAUGAUGGAUCUUAUAGAUAUCCAUCAAAAAUGUGGAUCACUAUUACUGGAAAAUGAGUCUCUAUCAUCUGUACAGCUGUUAGAAUUCAUUACUGGAACAGUGGACUUAGGUAGUGAAAAUAAUGCCAUUCCUUCUACACCAUCCACACCAAGUAACAGAACAAACGAGUUUAAUGAAGAGAUGCCUUUGAUGGUGAAGAAAAUUCUGUAUUCAUAUUUAAGCUUGUUAGUUAACUCCAGGAAUGACCUAGCCUUCGCUCACGUUUUAAACAUUCCUGAAAGAGGGCUUGGAAGAGAAGCUUUCACUGACCUACGGCAUGCUGCACAGAAAAGAGAAAUGUCCAUAUUUCCAAUGGCAACCUCUUUUAUCAGAACCAUAGAACUUGGAGGGAAAGGUUAUGCUCCUUCUCCAGAUGAUCCUUUGAGAACUCAUGUGAAGGGACUUUUGCAUUUUAUUCAUUUCAUGGAUAAGCUGGAAGAAAUCCUUGGUGAAGUCUCAGAUUCAAGAAUUGCAGGAGGUCAAAUUCUAUCAACAAUCAAGAUGCAUUUGAUAAAAGGCCGCAACAGCAGGGAUCUCUUCUGUCAAGCAGCCGAGGAAGUUGUACAAGAUUUGGAUUUGAGGAUUAAAAAUAUUAUCAAUUUUCAGCAUGAGGCAAUGGCAGCUAACACCACUGGAAUCAGUCCAGCCAGGCCUAAACUACAUUCUAUAAACCAUGGCACAGCAUACUGCGGCAGAGAUACUGUGAAGUCUUUAUUGGCUCUCCUUGAUGAAGCAGCUACCCACCCUCCAACCAAAAAUAAAGCUCAGUUGUUGUUCAGUGAAGAAUUUGGAUUUCCUUCUUCCUUCAUUCUGUUUAGAUCUCCAACACAAACCAAGGAAUCUUCACCAAAAGCAUUAAGGAAGCGGAUCCAAACAGCAGUGCGUGAAAAAGAACUCAAGCUGAAGCAACCUUUAAUUAGAUCACAGUUUGCUUGUACCUACAAAGAUGAUCAAAUGACUGAGACAAAGGGCUGCUCUUUCAGCACUUUCCAGACUGCAGCAUGCAUACACUCAGUACCAAACAGAAUGGGAGUUCAGUGUCUUAAGAAUGAAUCAACUACAGCAGAAUGCCUUCAGUCACCUCUUGAAAGUGCUGCACUUGGAACUGGUUCUGGAAAUGUUCAUCAGAAUGGAAGUAAAAGUGAAGAAAUAGGAAAAUUAACUUGCCAGCCAAGAAACAAGAGCUCAAAGAAGAAGCAGGUGGACAGGACUAGUGAAAAUGUCAUACAUGCUAAUGAAAAUGAAUCACUUCAACACAUACUCAGUAAAAGACCAAGGACUGCAAAGGAAUGCCAGAAUAGUUUAGACAGCAAAACAAAGAGAGAGCGAAAAUGCAACAAGAUUGUAGCCAAGCAUAAACUGAUUAAAGGUCAAACAAAACUAACUCAGUUCUUUAGGUUGUAGAAUAUUCCUGCAGUAUGUGUUGCAUCAAUGGUUCUGUAAAAACUUUGAAAGAUGAAAAGCAUCAGCUGCAUUAAUAUAUUUAUAAUUAUGAAUAUUUGUGGUAAUUGAUAUGUAUACUAUAUUUGGACAAACAAAUCAACAGGCUUUGCAGAAUUCUCAGUUUUAAUAAUAAUGUUAUCUCAACACUGGUUCAAUCAUAUGACGGUGUUUUGACAUAAAUAUUUGGACCUAUAGAAACAUACAGCAACACUUAAAACACAAUUACAUUUUUAAUGAAUUGCCAAACAAUGGUAUUAUCUGUACCAAGUGAUGUACUUCAGCUGUGUUCUAUGCUUGCCAACAAGGUCGAUAGACUCUUCCCAGCAUGCACCGGAGCACUGAAUAAAACAUCCAAGAAGUUUUGAUUUGUCAUAUAAAUCAGUGAUGUAAUAUUUGCACGAUUUAAUCACAUUUUCAUCUUUAGUAAUAUAUUGCAUAUUUUCACUAACUUUAAAAUAUUAUUUCAGUGUAUAUACAGUA